AUGUUCUGCUUUUUGCUUCGGAAAUGUGGGGCCCUUGGUUAUGAUCUUCACAAUGACGAAAGCCGCUUGGUGCUGUCCAUCUCAGUGGAGAGAAUGGGAAAAGAUGAGGAGCCCGACAACAUCGAGAGCAACCAACACACUCAGCCGCGGGAGGAACCGUCAUGGCUCAGCACCUGGCUGGCCCGCUACUUUGGUAAGCUGCCUCCCUAUGACUUCUCGAGGGGUGGACUCUGCACCCAGUCGCUGCUGACAGUUCUGAAAGCUAAUGCGGCAGACAGAGGAUGGCGAUCGCUGGAAAUUGGUGGCUUACUUCGUCAGAUCGGAAGUCUGUUGAAUCGGCAACGGGAAGAUGCGGGGGUCUGCAUUCGUGGUUCCAACAGGAUCGAGGAUCGUACUUUGGGCUCAGUCUGGAGUCAGACGUUCGAGGUUCGCCGUGCGUUGUUGGUGGGUUUGUGCUACAGGGAUUCGCUCCAACUUCAGGGAUCCUGGAACGACGUGGAGGACAUGCAGAGUUGGCUGGAAUCGGAGAACAUCUUCAAAAGGUUUGAGAUCCGAAAGCUUGUUGACAAACCAGAUGGAAUUGAGCCGUGCUACGUGCGGCGGGAAGAGAUCUUGGAGAGUCUGCGAUGGUUGCUGGGUGGAUCUGAUGAGCCAGCACAACUUCUCUUCCAUUUCUCCGGCCGCGGCGAUGGGAAGAAGCUCUUGCCCAGUGAUGAAAGUCCUCAAGACUCGCUGAUUUCGGACUUUGAGCUCUCAGAAAUGAUCAGUGAUUUGCUGCCGAGGAACACCACCUUGACUUGCAUCUUCGACUGUCGUGAUGGAACUACAAUGUUGGAGUCCCUGCUGGGUAGGCAGCACGUCUUGGCCUUUGGAACCACCAAGAGCGAAACAUAG